AUGCCUCCACCACCACCUCCUCCUCCCCCGCCGCCGCCGGGAGGGUUGGGCGGCGUUCGUCCCCCGCCUCCUCCAGGAGCUCUACCAAAAGCACCUCCCCCAGGAGCGGCUAAAGAUCGGGGCGCACUUCUUUCUGAUAUUCACAAGGGCGCCAGGCUAAAGAAGACCGUCACCAAUGAUCGAUCAGCGCCUGUAAUUGCAGGAUCAGGGGGUGUUUCGGCAGCUCCCCCUGUUGCGGGUGCACCACCUGUACCCGGUGCCAGGCCACCCCCAACCGGGCUUGCGCCGCCUGUGCCUUCCGGCCCAGCCGCGAAUCGGCUUCGAAGUAACAGCGAAGGGGUGUCUGGGUCAGAUAGUGCGGCUGGUGCAACAGCGCCUCAAUUAGGGGGUAUAUUUGCUGGUGGAAUGCCCAAGUUGCGCAGUCGUGGAGGUGUCGAUACGGGUGCCGGUCGAGACUCGCCAUAUAUGUCUGAUGGUGAAGCACGCAAACCACCUACCGCAUCAGCCCCCAAACCUCCUACAGCACCCCGGCCUCCUGGUUCAAGGCCGCCUCCACCUCUUCCAACAACAGACUUGCCGCCUGCACCGCCUAUCAACCCUUUGGUGGCUGGCCUGAAAAAGCCUCCCCCAAGACCUGCUUCAAGACCUUCUUCCACAGUGUCCUCAAUUGUUCCAGAUUCGCCUCCUCCUCGCGCACCUCCUCCACCUCCAGCGCCAGGAAAACUUCCACCUCCGCCUGCAUCAAGAAAACCGUCCGGUGCCCCGCCACCUCCACCAGCAGCUCCCUCCAGCCGGGCACCUCCUCCCCCGCCGGCACCUUCACGAUCAACACCUCCUCCUCCAGCCCCGCCAGGACCUCCACCGUCAUUUGCUGCCCAGGCUGCUCGCUCUGCUUUGGGACAUGGUUCGCCCGCAGUGCCUCCCCCACCACCCCCAUCAGCUGCUCCAGGUGCUCCCCCACCACCCCCUCCAAGUACACUGCCUGUAGGACCUCCAUCCAGUGAGCCGGCAUCUAGACCUGCUUCACACGAACCUUUCGCCGCGUUAGAUCCCAGCGCUUAUACGCUCAGCAAUGGCGGUUCACCUGCACCGACCUCACGAAGCCCUUCAGCACAUGGCCCGGUUCAAAUAGAAGACACACGAUUCAAGUUCCAAAGUGAGGGUUUGCUCCCCAAACCUCGGAAGUUCAUCGGAGGGGACCGUCGAUACCGCGCUGGAAGGGGUAGCAGUGUUCCAUUGGACUUGAGUGCUUUGCGAGGUUGA